CAACCAGUGCCGAAUCUAGUGGGUCUAUUUCUGCUGGAGCGACACGUUCAAUUACGAAGAAAAAGCCAAGGAAAAACUCACAUUUUGCCAUUGGAUCCAUACCACUGCCCGGGAGCUGGAUUUCUUUUUCUUCCAUUUGAAAUAUCUUUGAAAAAACAACGAAUAACGAUGGGUUCCCAAGCGUCCAAGGGAGGGGUAGCUGUGGAGGCGAAUGCUGCCGAUACCGCUACGGUCAAAACUAACGGACAGGAGAACGGCCAUGUCAAGUCCAAUGGUGACGCCACAGACACGGCCACUCCCAACGGUUCUGCGGACGCCAAGGAGUCUGAAGCGGGUGCUGGAGGGGACGCCAUCGAGCCAGCACCCGCCGCUGAUGGGGAGGCCGCCAAACCAGAAGGUGAGACCGCCGCCAAGGAUAUCUCCAAGAAGAAGAAGAAGUUCUUCCUGAAGAAAUCUUUCAACUUCAUGGGCCUGAAACUGAAGAAGACCAAGAAGGAGGAGGUGAAGGAGGAGGCGGCCGCUCCCGCUGAGGAGAAACCCGCGGAGAACGGAGCCGCUGUGGCCACGGAGGAGAAGAAAGAAGGGGAGGUGAAGGAGGAGGUCGUGGCGGCUGCUGCAGCCCCUAAGGCCGAGGAGGUGCAGGCUAAAGCAGAGGAGGCGCCUAAGGAGGAGGUGAAGGAGGCGGCUGCUCCUGCCCCAGAGCCCACCAAACCAACAGAGGAGACCAGCUCGACCCCCGCGGCAGUAGCCCCCUCCCAACAGAAUGCAGAGUGAUUGUAUCUUUACCCACAACAAAGGACUGUGUGAACUGUUUUUCAAGAGAGAGAGAGAGAGAAAAUAGUUAUAAAUAUAUAUAUUUCUAUAUAUAUGUGUAUAUGUAUACAUAUGUAUGGAUAUAUGUAUAUGUAAAUAUAUACACAUUUAUGUGAGAGACUCCAUUGUGUCACUUUAGUCAUGGUAACAAGAUGACAGACUAGAAUCACUAUUUCACAUCCCUGGUUACGGCGAGACAUCUGAACCCGGUAGUAUUAUUUGCUGGUUGCUAUGGGACAAUGGGAUUUAUUGGACGACAGAGUGGAAGACACAGUUAUGGAUGGGAGUCGAGUUGACGCGUCUUUUCCCAAAACACCCAACUCAAAAAGAUGCAUCAACGCGUAAGAACGAACUAGACAGGACAGAACACCAACCAACCACCACAUGAAAUGACUAUUAAUUUUUUUUUAAACAAGAAGAAAUCAGAAUUUGAAAAUAAGAGACUUGCCAACUUUCUUCAUUCCUAUAUUUUAACCCAGAUUUGAAUUAUUUUGUGGUGUACAAUAGAGAACCAUUUUAAAGAUUCAGAGAAGCUGUGUUUUGUUUGUUUUUAAAGAAGAAAAAUAAGAAGCAAUUUUAGAUUUGUAUCUUGGCUAUAGAAAAAAAAAAUAAACUAUUGAGUUUAACUAUGUUCACUGUUGCAGUUUUAAAACGAAGCAGAGUUGUUGUUCUGUCUGUGGUGUGUAAGCCUGAAUCUGCUUUAUGGUCUCUGUAAAUACAUUGGACUGAUACUGUUCUUUUUAUUUUGCUAAUGUUGACAGAUGUUAUGGUUUUAUUGUAAAGUUGAUAAUGGUAAAUAAAUGUUGGUUACCAAUA